CGGAGAUCCUGUUUGUCGGAGGGAGGAUUGUUCUCCCUUCGACAUUGGCCUAGUUUUCGACGAGAUCCACAACUACUCGCCGCAUCAGAAGCUGGAGUUCGUCGAAAACGUGUGGAAACCAGUCACAGCUACACUUGAAGACAUCUCACUUAACAGAAACAGCCCUGGAGACUCAACCUGGAAUCCAACAAGCAGACAUGAUGCUCAGUCCUUAAUUAAUGCAAUCAACUUUUCCUUUAUUGUUUCUCUUGUUAUUGUCAGACAUAUUUUGGGAUUAACUAGACCACUCACAGUGAAGCUGCAACAAAAAGCAAUGGAUCUUCUAAAAGCUAAAGAUGAACUUGCUCUUUUGAAAUCAGUCCUUGAAGACAUGAGCACUGACAUUGAUAACAGACAUCAUAAUCUCUACCAGGAAGCAGUGACCAUUGCAAGACAAGUAGCAGUCCAGCCAGAAAUGCCAAGGAUAGCCCAGAGACAAAUGCAUAGAAAUAAUGCUCCUGCUGCAACUCCUGAGGGAUAUUUCAAGAUCAAUCUCACUAGAGUUUUUCUUGACCAUGUACUCCAGCAGCUCAACACCAGAUUCCAGGAUGAUGUAUUUGUUUGCUAUAAAGGUAUUUCGAUUAUUCCCUCUGUUUUACUAGCUACUGACCCUGCCUGGAAGGCCAAUGUUUUGGAAUUUUGUAACCAUUACAGACAGGACAUACCAAAUUAUGCAGGAUUACAGGCAGAGCUUUUGUUAUGGGAGAGAUUGUGGAAGGGGAGGGAUAACAGAGGAGAUAUUAUUCCUGACAGUUUGGAGGCUACACUGAAGGAUAUUGACAAAGAUGCAUAUGUCAACAUCUAUUCCAUGCUGAAAGUCCUGAUCACAAUUCCAAUUUCAUCUGCAUCUUGUGAGAGAUCCAUAUCAUCCCUUUGGAAUCUUAAGAACUAUUUGAGAAAUACAAUGACCCAGGACAGACUGAAUGGAUUGGCACUGAUGCAUGCCCACAGAGACACGGAUUUUGACCUUGAACGUAUAAUAGAUUUAUUUGCUGAGUUACAUCCUAGGAGAAUGAGAAUGGCAAACAUUUUGUAA